AUGUGUGAACAUUGUCGAAAAAGAGAUAUUCAAAAGAAACUUGGGUAUUAUUCAUAUUCAAUUCAAAUUGAACCUAAAAAGUCAAAUAUAUCUCUUAAACUCAACAAUAAUCUUGAUGAUAAAGAAAAUCAGAUGAUAGAUGCAUUCAAUAGAAACCAGACUUCUAAAAUUCAACUUUAAAAGAAAGCCGAAUAAGCCAGUAAAUUAACCCUAGAGAUCAGAUUUCCUAAUCAACAGUAAAUAUCUUAGUAAAUUUUAUCACACAAGAAGCCCUUAAUUAAAAAAGACAACAAGAUAAAAAAGUGA